AUGACAACGGGGGAGAAAGUACGCGGCGGAGAAGACGACAACGGCGCGCCGGCCAUGUCUGAAAGCAGCCUCUCCCACACACUAUCGCGGACCUCACACACCCGACCGCUGGAUAGGAUACGCUCGCAGAAUGGGUACGGCGUCGACGAUGACAGUGAUCCUGCGCCUGGGGAUGGCGGGGAGGCACACAAGGAAACCGCUUCACCAGGAGGCUCCAAAGAUCCGUAUGAGGUUGGCUGGGACGGCGGCGACAAUGAUCCCCUCUGUCCCAGGAGCUUCUCCAAGGGCCGGAAGUGGUUGAUUACCUCUAUUGUUUCCCACGUUAGCUUGUGUGUUACUUGUGCAUCCUCCAUAUAUACAUCGACCUACACCAAAAUGGAACCCGAAUUCCACAACUCUCGCAUCGUCUCUGUUCUCGGUCUGUCGACUUUUGUCCUCGGCAUCGCCUUGGGCCCCAUGUUUCUCAGCCCGCUGAGUGAAUUCUACGGCCGUCGACCCAUCUACCUCGUCUCGUGGACAACAUACGUCAUCUUUCUGAUUCCACAGGCAGUGGCCAAAAACAUUGCCACCAUCCUUGUUUUUCGUUUCUUCGAUGGCUUUACAGGCAGUGCCUUCUUGGCUGUUUCCGGAGGCACCGUGGGCGAUUUGUUCGCGAGACACGAGUUGCAGGCUCCCAUGGCCUUGUUUUCUGUUUCACCGUUCGUAGGGCCUAGUCUCGGGCCCUUGCUGGGUGGAUUUAUCAACUAUAAUGCUGACUGGAGGUGGACAUAUUAUGUGCUCCUGAUUUGGUCCGGCCUUGUCUGGGGAGCAGUCGUCUUCUUCGUGCCAGAGACCUACCAUCCCAUCUUGCUGCGAAACAAGGCCAAGAAGCUACGUCAGGGGACCGGCGAUGAUAGGUGGCUGGCCCCCAUGGAAAAGGUGCACAAGUCGGUCGUACAGGCUGUUGGCCGCUCGUUGCGCCGACCCUUCGAACUGCUCAUCUUUGAGCCCAUGUGUCUUAAUCUCUGCCUCUUCUCCGCACUUCUAUUGGGCAUCUUGUACCUCUUCUUUGGCGCGUUUCCACUGGUAUUCGGCACAAACUACGGGUUCAAUCUUUGGCAAGUCGGAACGUCUUUCUUGGGCAUCUUUGUAGGCAUGAUACUUGGUGUCUUGACCGAUCCUGUGUGGCAUCGUGUCCGUACCAGACUAGUUCAGAAACUCGAGACAGAGACUGGCAUCCCAGGUGCCAGCGAACCGGAGUUCAGGCUUCCACCAGCCAUCAUGGGGGCGUUCCUCGUCCCAGCUGGCAUCUUCAUGUUUGGAUGGUCUACAUAUCCGUGGGUACACUGGAUUGUGCCCAUUAUUGGAUCGUGUAUCUUCGCGAUUGGGUACGUUCUUGUUCCUUUUGUUUUCCUCAUAUCCAGCAAGUCUGUUGCACAGCACUACUGCCCUUUGGAAGGAUGCGAGGGCGGUGUGCGUCUAUGGCCACAUGGCCUGCUUUACGGUUGA